CGCGUCUUCUCUCAUUCGUCGUUCUCUCUUUGGAGCAAAAGCAAAACAAAAUAGAAAAUUAGAUACAUAUAUCUGACGAAUGGGACAAUAUUGCUUUAAAUUCGCGCCAUUUCGUAAAAUAAGAAUAAGAACAACUAUGGGAACAGAAGAAAGUGAAAAUAAGUAAAUCGUGCAAUAGCUGUCGCUUCUGUGUUACGCCCAUGCAAAGCGAAGCGUGCUGCCACCAUUUUGUAAUCCAUCCUCCUCGUGUCUCAGUGUCCGUAUAUGUAUGCGUUUGUGUAUAAUCGUAGCAACGGAACCUGUCGCAGAAUGUUUGGGCAUAGUGAAAAUCGCGUAAAAGACAAAUUGCCAGGUAGUUUUGUGGCAUAAGCAAUGGACGGGGACCCGUUUGAGGAAUCCGAUCCCGCUUCCACCGCAAGGCAGAGAGAGCAGGUCUUGAUGGUGGCUGAGCAACGACCUGCAACAAAUGUCGCCAAAUGCAUCUUCGCAUACGAGGAGCAGCCGGAGCUAUCCAGGCUGGUGGUUCUCCUGGAGGAGGUCAGCAAGAACUCGGACUACUCCACGGACCUACGUCUGUCCACGGACUAUUAUGGCAAUCAUCUGCUGCGGCAUUGCCUAAAGGACAAGGAUGUGCCGCGUCGUGUGGCCCUCGGCUCUGGCGGCAGUGCCAUCCAGUCGUUUGGCAAGAUCUAUGCGGAUCGCGUGGAAUACAUCAGCCAAACGACGGAUAACAUAAACGAGUCAAUGUCAUCCGCGCAGCGAGAAACCAGUGAGCAGACGACCAGUGGACAGGAGAGCACCGCCCCCAAGCCGGAGGAGCCACGAAAGCGCCGAGUUAAAAAACUCACGCAAAAGACAGUGGAUCCGUUUAUGGUGAAUCUCGAGCCGCGUGCCUUCAAGACAAUGUCGGAGGAGAAGCGUUUUGGUACGACGGGCAUGGCAAAGUGCAGCAGAAACAGAACCAUCGAGUAUCUGUACCAAGACCACACGCCGCCCAAUCUGUGGAGAAAUGCCCCGAUCGUGGAUCCCCACCAGGCCUCUGAGAUCGACGAAAAGAAACAAUACAAACUUUUUACGUACCACGUGGAACACAGAUACAACACGCUCCUGCCGGACAUCCCAUUCGAAAGGCUCAAUCUGAUUAAGGAGUACGUAAAUUCGAACAAUGUCAGUCAGGAUAUACUCAACGUUCACAUGACCACAGACGAGUACCUAAAUGAAUACAUUGCCUUGGAGAACAAAAUGCUGGCCUCGCGCUAUGGGGCCACAGUGAGGGCGAGAAGAGCGGAAGGCGCCAGUGGCAGCAUGAUGGCAUCUAGACUUGGGAGCAUAGCUUCGGAGGCAACAUUGAAAAGGACGCUUGAGGCGGAGGAUAACGAUGCCAGUUCCACCAAAAAGCCGCGAACAGAAGAUGAAACAAUGGCGGCAGUGGACUUGGCAGUGGAGACACAAGAGUCGGGAAUCGAAGCGUCGGAACCAAUGGAAGUGGAUGAAUCGCUGAAUGUGGUGGAUCAAUCGCUGAACCCGAAGGAAGAGUUGGACUCGGGUCUGGGAAUGACGCUGGAUACGACGACACUGGACAGCAGCCAACUGGAGAAUGCCACUUUGAGUGCAAGCCAAGUGGAGGGACCUGCUUUAAGCAGCACCCUACUGGCACCGCUGAACGAGUCCAGCGCCCUGGACACUACUCCGGACACGGAACUGAAUGAGCUGAAAAUCGCUUCCGAAAAGCCAAGAGGCCUGUCUUCUGACGACGAAGGUGUUGUACUUUCAGAUAGCGAGGAGCGUCGCCUGCAGUCCCUGUCGCCCAAGGUGAUGGUCAGGGACAUUCUGCCGGGAGUACCCAACAAGGAUACCGUCACUGUGCUCGUGGACGAGGAGAUGCGGGCUCUGGGUGGAAUACAAGAAGACGAACCAGCAGCAGAGCAUCAGCCUAUUUUCGAAGAAGUGGUCCAGAUUCCCAUAGAAGUCUGCUAUCCGCUUGAGUUGAACAUCUUUGGGUUGCCCGAAAGACGUUUGAGACGGCGGAACAUUUUCAAGCUUCCAGCUGAGUUUGAUAUAUUCAAGAAAUCUCGGAUUCCCACCAAGCGAGAGGCAGAACCAAAGCCUCCAAGAGCUGUCCGCAAAGUGAUACCCGAGGAACCUGCCCUCACCGAAGAUAUCGGAGAAUCUGGCCUAGACAGAGAACGGGAUAAUGCAUUGAGGCUAAGCUUGGAGUUUGACUUGGAUAACAAUUUCCUUGGCUUUCGGCGACCCACCCAUGACUCUGGCGUCGACGACAUGAGAUUCUACGAUUCGCGGCCAUUAUCGGUUGAAACACUUUUGCCAACUAUUGGGGAAUCGAGUGAACCGACCAACGCUGCCGAAAGUCCUGCAGAUGCUACAACACUUGACAAAUCAACAAACACUGGUUUGGAUGCCAAACAACUUGACGCAGCGGCAAAUGAAUCCACCACCGUGAACGACAGUGGCUUAGAUGCUACCCAACUAGACGCAGCAGCGUCGUUGCCUGCAAAUGAUCAAAGCAACAGGGACGACAGUGGCUUAGAUGCCACCCAACUAGACGCAGCAACUGAUCAAAGCAACACAGAUGUCAGUGCUUUAGAUGCAACACAACCUAACACAGAAGCAUCGUUGCCUGCAAAUGAUCAAACCAUUGGGGACGACAGUGGCUUAGAGGCCACACAACUUGACUCAAUUUUAAGUAAUUUAACAAUGAAUGAAGCACCAGCAAACACAAGCAGACCUGUCAGUGCAAUGCAACUGGACGACUGGAUGGAAGACACGAAUAGUACGCAUGAUAGUAGUGACCUGGGAGUCGAUAAUCCCUUCCGAAUUGACAAAGGAGGCUUCACAGACUCCAGCGAACUGGUCAGGGACUGGCACAUACGAAUAGCGCCCAUGCUGGAAGUAGCACACGAGAGGCAGAAUUUCAAAUUUGAAGAUUUGGGCACUGAGAUAAUCGAAACGUGUCAGCAGGGUAAGGGCAGAGCUACAUUGGCCGAUGUGAUGCAGGGCAAAGAUAAUACCACCCUGGGUCGGCAUUUUUUUGCCUCAUUGAAAUUGCUCAAUGAUGGGAAUAUCGUGCUGAAUGAUGUAAAUCGUGAUAAAAGAAAGCCCAUGGACAUUUCACAGUACAAAAUGGAACUAAGAAGUACGGAGCGCAAGCAAGUCCAUCCAGAGGAUGAUAUUGGCAAUAGGAGUGUGGUGAAGCCAAAGCCGUUGCCAGCGGAUAAGAAACGACAGAAACGAAAGUCAACGGAAGGGGCAGCGGCAGCAGAAGUGCAUGUGAAAAUGGGUCUGCAAAUGCUGCACUUGCUGCACUUUCCCAGCUGUACUGCAAAAUUAAGAGGCUCCACAAUAGCCAUGCAUUAUUUUAGUUGAAUUUUUUUGAGCACGUGCAUAUAUUUUAACUUUUAAGCCUAAUUUUAAAACUUCAGCCUCUUUCGACUAUAUGUGGCUAUACCGGCCAUAUAUGUGGACAGAUUUUGGAACAGUAUUACUUAAGCUCGAUUUCCUUAAGCAUUGAACAGGUAUAGAUCGCCCCCAAAUGUGUUUUUCGAAUAAUUCUUGCCUCUUUUCGGUUAUGAUUUUUAUUUUUAAGUGAUUAUUUUUCGUUAUUUAGUUUGAAUAUUUUGUUCUGUUUUUCUUCCAUUUGCCAUUACUUUAAUUUUAUUCAUUUAUAUUUAAAUAUUUUUUAUUUUUAUACCAAGCAAGGCUUCUGAGAGUUGGUCUCCGUCUGCUUUUGUGGAUCGAUCGAUUUUCAAGGGUUAUUUUUCUUAUCAUUUUCAUUUUCUUAUUAUUUCUUUAUUUUUCUUCCUUAUUUCAUUUACAUUAUCAUUUACAUUCAUCACUGCACGUUUUUGGUUCUUCGCAUUUCAGAGAUAAUUUCUUUUAUGGCUAGAUCGCGGGAAGUGUUUCAGGAAUUCAUGAGCUAAUAGUACUAGCAUCAAGUACCUGAUCUCGUAGUGUACAAAUGUAUCAAAACAAAUUAUAAAAAUUUUCGUCAGAAAUUUUAACUGUAAAUAAGAGAAGCUGGCAUGAGAAUGUACAUAAUACCCAAGCUACCCCCCACACAUCAUGAUAUAAGCAUAGAGUAUAUUUUACCUGAUUUAAUGCCCAAACAUCUAUGUACAAAUAACAAAAUAAAAAAAUGAAAUUUUUUUUAUAGUCCUAAGUAGUCGUAAACAAAUAAAAGAAAAGAUGCAAUA